UGGAUUGAAAUGUAAACAUAGACUAAUUAUUAUAUUGUCACUGAAUUCCUUCGGAUCAACGAAUUUAAUUUAAUUUUUAAUGCAUACAACGCAAACUGCCAUGAUUGCGGGUCACGCACUGCUGUGUGCGGUUUAAAAAUCUGCAACAACUGGAUCACUACAUGCCGUAAUUUGAAUAAUUGACUACACUAAUAAGAUAGGCAGCCAUAAUGCUAUCGGAUCCUCUGAAAUUAUCAUGCCCCAGCAUUGCACCGAUUCUACCUUAAACAAAGCAAUGUAAUUGACUCUAUGUCCUGAACCCCUGAAUACCCGUAACUGUAUCGUGAAAAAAGGCAAAGGACUCCCUGCGCUCUUGUAGUAGACAAUCAGCAUUGAUUAUGUUAUUAUAGGUAGUUGUGAAAUUUCUUAUACAUGACGCGUCGUACGCUAACUACAUAUUAAAACAAAAACGCUAAAAUAACGCAAUCGGCCGUAACAAGUAGUAUCGUAAUACGACUAGCGUAAGCGUUACUCGAAAAACUCCUCCAGUUCGCUCGACCGACUGGUUCAGUGUAGAUUCCCAGCACAGGAUGGAAGCGACAGUGGCUCAGCUAGGGCUGAACAGUGGUGUUCCAAUUCCGACGAUGAGUGUGUUAAUGCGUUUUCUGAUCCUUAAGUAUUACUCGCAAUACUACAGCUUCUGUACGGUUGGAAAUGAUUUUCUCCAAGAUGUACCAUUGAGCAGGAUUGUGCUGUCGCUAUACGAUCAAUUGAACACCAGUAUGCUCCACGCAAUCGACAACGGCUGCCAAGCGUUCGUGGUUGAUGAACAGGGUGCUGAACGUUUUCUCGAUCUUUACAUGCCGGUGCACGAUUUGGCCCGCCAGCGAUCGUUGGACAAAAGCUUGAUCCUCCUGAUAGCGAAGCGAAACCAAACGCAAUUAUUAGAUCGUAUGCGAGUGCACGAAGCAUUUCGCGAAUUGGCGAACGUCCUGAUCGUAGUGUACGAUGAGCAGGAACGGCCUACUAAUAUCUACAACACCGUCGUCGAUAUGUCACAUACUUGAGCGAAGCGUGAACGUUGCUAUGGAGCUAGUCGCGGUAAAAUGGACCAGUUGGAAGAAUCACUCUUUUUUCCCAGACAAAGCUAGAGAUCUGAAUGGUUACAUGUUGCGAACGUCCAUGUGCAACUAUUUGCCGUUUACGAGCUAUGAGCGAUUGGACCAAGAAACUGGCAAUGCCUUCGAUUCCACGACAGGCAAGCGAUCGAUAUGGUUGGAUGGCACAGAACUACAGCUCCUAGUUUCGUACUGUGAGCGUCGUAAUUGCAACAUUAUGGUGUUCCCAGAGGAUGAAGACGAGUGGGGCGAUGUGUACCCGAACGGUACCGGAAUUGGUCUGAUGGGCAGUGUGGCCGAGCGACGCACAGACAUUGCCUUUGCAGGAUUCUACCUUUGGUUCAAGCCGUACAACUUCUCCUCCUAUACCGCCACCAUCAGUCGCUCGGGAGUGACCGUGCUCGUGCCGAAACCGAAGCUGCUACCGCACUGGCGUACCCCGUUUCUUUCCUUCUCAUGGCCACUAUGGAUUGCCGUGAUGGUCACAUUUCUUGUUGGCAUUAUAGCUACUUGGUUGGCGGGUACGGUGCGUCUUCGAUUGUUGCUACUGUCCGCUCCAACCGAUCAGCCGUGGACUGGUCGAACAGAUCUGAUUUUUGAGCAGCAUACGCUGAGCGAUGCCGUGCUUAUGAUGGUUGGCUUCUUCGUAGCACAAUCAUCGCCCAUUCGAACUGACCUAUGGUCGUGCGUGUGCUUGUUUGCCUCGUUGCUGCUGGCUGGAUUUAUGGUAAGCAAUUUGUACAGUGGCGGAUUUGCCAGCGUCAUGACGGUUCCGAAGUACGAAAAAUCGAUCGAUACUGUCGUUGACUUUGCGGCGACUGGCAUGAAAUGGUUCGGUCCCUCACCGUACUGUUUGGAGGAGAUUUGGAACGCCUCUGAGGUAAGAUCAAAUCUCGUUCUGAAGUUGUUAGAAUAGUUUCCUUGCGGUACAGUUUCUUUUUAAUGACAGAUCGAUCAUCCAAACAGCCUCAUUUACAACAAAUUCAAAAGACCUUUAGAUCAGUCGGACCAGAAGAGAUGAAACAAUCAAUCAGCACGGUAAUUUUGCACCAAGUAACUUUCUUGAUCGGCAAGUUUCGACAACCUUGCAGACGCUGAAGGACUACGUCUACACGCAGAACUGUGCGGCACUGAUAACCAACACUAAUCCGUUACGGUCCAAUCUGAACGAGUACAUCCUGCGGGUUCAGCAGUCGGGUCUGCUAUACCAUCUCGGUAUCCGAACCGCCAUUCGUACCUGCCAACGGACGUGAUGCGAAACAUCGAGCGUUCGCGAAUGCAUCAGCACGACGACGGUGCGGUUAGAUUGGAAUUGGGGCACUUUUUGGGUGCAUUUUUCAUACUGGGCUAUGGGUUGUUGUGCGCUAGUCUCGUGUUUGUGGGAGAACUCUGGGGCACAGUGAUGAUGCGACGAUGGAAUGAGACGUUUGUAAGCAAGGCGACCGUCGUUACUGCCUACUGAACCCUCGCAGAGCAACUUUUCGGUUGAGCGUAGCUCUUGGUACACCAGGAUUUGUUAUAUUAGGUGGUGAAGUAUCGAAAGAAAGCGUAAAAACACAUUUGGGAAU